AUGACUACCUCACCCAACCCACCUAUCUUUGUUUGGUACAAUGCCUUCAACCCACAUCAGGACUCCUCUCAGCACAACAUCCAUUUGGAGAAGGCCUCUGUUCUCUUCAACCUGGGAGCCUUUGGCUCCCACAUUGCUCUCUCCUGCGAUCUCACCACCCUCCAAGGCCAGCGCAUUGCCAUAAACGCUUUACAUGAUGCUGCAUAUUGGUUCUUAAUACUAACGCAUGAGGCUGAGAAGGUUUCUCUGCUUUAUUGGAAAGCUUUUGAACUGUCGCCAUUGGGGCCUUUAGCUGAGACUUGUCUUGUUAAAUCCUUGAUACCUAAUUAUCUUGGGUCUAAUUUGAGAACCUGCCAUAAUGAAUUUAUACCCAAGAUAAUUUUCAAAGAGGAUUUUAGAACUAAAGUCCAUGGUGGAUAUUUUGACCAAUAUGGAAUUAUCCGAGACAUUAUUCAAAACCAUCUGCUUCAGGUUCUUUGCUUGGUUGCUAUGGAAAGGCCUGUUUCUCUCAAUCCUGAGCACAUUCAGGAUGAGAGAGUGAAGGUUCUUGAAUCAGUAGUACCUAUCGGCGACAAUAAGGUUGUUCUUGGACAAUAUGAAGGCUAUAGAGAUGACCCAACCGUACCUAAUGACUCAAACACUCCAACUUUUGCAGCUGUUAUUCUGUGCAUACACAACGAAAAAUGGAAAGGUGUUCCUUUCAUACUAAAAGCAGGGAUGGCCUUAAAUUCUAGGAAAACAGAGAUACGAGUUCAAUUCAAGGAUGUUCCUGAUGAUAUUUUCAAGGAUGUUCCUCAUGAAAUUUUCCUGAAAUUUUCUGUACAAGCUAGGUAAUUUGAAGAUGUCCACAUAUCAAAGUGAACAGGAAUUGUCCUACCGGCGCGGAAAGAAGGGGUUACCAUUCAGGAUGCUUAUGAGAAUCUCAUUCUCCACACGUAUGUUCACUUUCCCAGUUCAUGUUUUAUGAAUUAUCAAUUUUUUCUAGCCUUCUUUUAUUAUACAUCCAUGCCACAUAAUAACACUAACGGUAGAGUUACCAAUCAGUUCGAUAGUACGAAAGAAACAGAUUUGAGUUGAAUAAUAAUGGCAAUUGUAUCGUGUUUUGCAGGAUUGGAGGCGAUCAGCAACAAUUCCUUCGUAG